GACCCAGGGGCAGGAAGACAAAUUGCUGGAAGUACUGAGGCGAAAUCAGAAGGCCAUCGGGUGGAAGUUGACAGAUCUUGUGGGCAUCAGCCCAGAUUUAUGCAUGCACCAUAUCGGGUUGGAAGAAGGAGCUAAACCACACCGUGACCAGCAACGCAAACUCAACCCCAACAUGAGGGAAGAGGUACUCAAGGAGAUAGUCAAGCCGGUCUCCAUACGAAUUAUCUACUCCAUUCCUGAUAGCAACUGGGUGGGUCAGUGUCAGUCCAGUUCAUAUGGUGCCGAAGAAGGACGAAAUCUAGGUGGUAAAGAACGAGAAGAAUGAGUUGAUCCCAACACGACCCGUCACUGGGUGGAGGAUGUGUAUUGAUUACAGGAAGCUGAACGCGGCCACAAAGAAAGAUCAUUUCCAGUUGCCAUUCAUUGACCAGAUGAUUGAGAAGUUAGCCGGGAAACAAUACUUCAGUUUCCUCGAUGGAUACAGUGGCUAUUUUCAGAUUGCAGUGAAUCCAGAGGAUUAAGAAAAGACUACUUUCACAUGCCCCUUUAGCACCUACGCCUACAGAAGAAUAUCAUUUGGCCUCUGCAAUGCCUCAGACACCUUUCAAAGAUGCAUGAUGAGCAUCUUCUCUGAUUUGUGGGAGGAUUGUAUAGAGAUCUUCAUGGACGAUUUUACCGUCUAUGGGGACACAUUUGAUCAAGGGCUACAUAGCCUAAACAGAGUGUUGGAGAGGUGCUGGCAAAAAGACCUGGUUUUGAACUUUGAGAAGUGUCAUUUCAUGGUCACCGAAGGCAUUGUCCUGGGCCACGUGGUGUCAAGCAGAGGGAUAGAGGUUGAUCAAGCUAAUAUGGCCGUUAUUGCAAAACUCCGGUACCCAACAAAUCAAAAGGAGAUCAGGGCCUUCUUGGGUCAUGCGGGCUUUUAAAGGCGGUUUAUCAAAGAUUUUGCGAAGAUAGCAACGCAAACUCAACCUCGUCAAGGGCUGGGCGAGAACUAAACUAAGGGACCGGAAGAAGAUUCUCAUUAUGGUGUUGCGUCUUCUAUUUAUAGGCUCGUCGCAACAACCUCCAGCUAGGAUAACGACUUCGGUAGCGAAUAUUCGUCCUUGCUGGGAUUGCGCGCCUCAUCAAUUGAUACGUGCCCUCCUUCUAGAAUGCAAUGGUUCUUCAAUAACCGAAUGAGGAUUCGGCUUCGUCCUUGCGCGUUUUAUCCAUCGAUACGUGUCCUCUUUCUGUUUCACAGCUGUAGUUCUUGAAAACUAAUUUAGGAUCGCUUUCCAGUGCAUCAGUCUCACGUGUCCUCCUUCUAGAAUGCAAGGGUCCCCCGACUAACUGCUUGAUCACCACCUUGAUCAACCCACCCAGUUUUGGCCUUUUUCGCCUCCUGUGAGCUUGAUCAGCUUGGCCUUGUUGCCCUUGGUCAAGCGGCAUUCCUGCACAAUUAACACUCGCUUUGCGCGAUAAACUGAUCUAGUAGCCUUCAUUUUCUUUUUUGGGGAAUGGCUUAUAUAUAACCGAGGGUUUAGGAUUUAGUGCCUCGGUUUGAUUCUCUUUAACUGUUAAAAGAACAUUACUGAUCUUGACAGCAGAUGAUUCAUUUCUUUAAAAGUUUAAGGAACUCUAAUUUGUUCCAAUUUUUAAGUUAUGUUGUUCAUUGUCUUUCAGGAAACGGUUAAAGCUUUGAUUGGAUUCAUAGAUGUUGCUGGGCUUUACUAUGCCUUGACACAGUUAACCCAUAGGAAUAUUUCUCAAAACCAUAAAUUCCAAGCUGUUGGACUUGGGUGGGCUUUUGCUGACUCUGUCCUUCAUAGGCUGGCACCUCUUUGGGUGGGUGCCAGAGGAUUAGAAUUCACGUGGGAUUACAUGUUGCAGGGUCUUGAAGCAAAUGCUAAUUUGGUGUUGAGCAUAUCACUAGCUGCAUUAGGCUCUCUCAUGUGGCUCAGGAAAAACAAGCCCAAGACUUUGAUUCCUAUCAUAUAUGGCGACAAUGCCAUCUAUUACAAGUUAUCUGAAACUGGGCUUGUGGUGGCACUUCCCGAAGGUGGUAGGUUUCGAGCUGUUCACUUCACUAGCGAUGGCUUUCGUUAGCUGGCAGUUGUUUGCUGCCUGCCAGAAACCGUCUGUCUAAUUGAGGGUCAUGAUACAU